AUGACCGUGGGCGGCUUCCUGCACACCAAGGGGACUAAAAUCCUCAAGCCAAAUGGCGCUCCCAUUGUCCUUCGCGGGGCAGCUUCUGGUGGCCAUCUCAACAUGGAGAACUUCAUCACAGGGUUCCCCGGCCACGAAGAGGAGCACAAGGAGGCGAUGCUGAAAGUCAUGGGCAAAGAGAAAUAUGCUUUCUUCUGGUCCAAAUUCUAUGAAUACUUUUGGACAGACAAGGAUGCCGAACUAUUCGCUUCCAUGAAGUUCAAUUGCCUCAGAAUCCCAUUCAACUACCGACACUUUCUUGACGAUUCUGAUCUUACCAAGAUAAAGCCCGAGGGCUUUGCUCUUUUGGACAGAAUCGUUGAUAGCUGCGCCAACCAUGGCAUUUACACUAUUCUAGACUUGCACGCUGUUCCCGGCGGCCAAAACCAAGACUGGCACUGCGAUAGCGCCAUCCACAAGGCGCUAUUUUGGGACUUUACAUAUUUCCAGGAUCGAGUCAUUGAUCUGUGGCAAGCAAUUGCAUCGCAUUACAAGAACAAUACCUGGGUAGCAGGAUAUAAUCCUUUGAACGAGCCAGCCGAUCCAAGUCACACUCGUCUCGUUCAGUUCUAUGACAGAGUAGACAAGGCCAUUCGAGAAGUUGACCCGAACCACAUCUUGUUCCUGGAUGGCAAUACCUAUGCCGCGGACUUUAGACAAUUCCCCAAGACGCCUUAUGCCAACACAGUCUAUUCUAUCCACGACUAUUCCAAUUACGGGUUUCCCAAGAGCCCUGAGAAGUACACCGGCACCAAAACUCAGCGAGAAAAGCUCAAGCAGCAGUAUGAGCGCAAGAUUGAAUACAUGAAAGAGCUCAACGUGCCUGUUUGGAACGGCGAGUGGGGGCCUGUCUAUGCCUCAAAGAUGCGCGGCGAUGAGGCUGUCGAGGAAACAAAUGCGUCUAGGUACCAUGUGCUGAAAGAUCAGUUGGACGUGUACGCAGAGGGUGAUCCCUCUGGAGACAAGAGUCCCAUCUCAUGGAGCAUCUGGCUGUACAAGGAUAUCGGCUACCAGGGCCUUACGCACAUCUCGCCCGAGUCCAAGUGGUACACUCAUCUCCGAUCAUGGCUUGACAAAAAGCUCGAGCUGGGUCUCGACCGCUGGGGCCGCGAUGAGAACAUUGCCGUCGAGAAUAGCGUUUACAAGCCCGUCAAAGAUCACUUCAAGGCAGUCAUUCCGGAACAUCUUCAGCGAGCAGUGUAUCCCAAGACGUGGGAUGUAGGCGACUACAUCGACCGGGUGCUGAGAGAUGUGCUUCUGUCGCAAUACUUGACCCACGAGUUUGCGGAAUAUUUCAAGGAUUUGUCGUUUGAAGAGCUGGACGAUCUGGCUGGAUCGUUCAAAUUGGAGAACAUGGUUGUUAGACAUGAGUUGGUAGAGAUACUGCAAAACUCUCACAAAGACUGA